AUGAACAUAAAUGAUGCGGAGUUGAAGAAACUGGAGGCACAGAUUGCAUCCAUGUCGCCCAACAUGGCCGCCAUACAGCAGUACCGGAACAAAGUGGACCUCUACCUUAGUCGGGUAGCUGAACUCGAUCAUGUGACUGACCUGCGCAACGAACAAUUGCGACAGGAGGCGGAAGCCAAGGGGACACGUCUGUCUGAAUUCAUGGCGGGAUUCAAUGUGAUCACCACGCGCCUGAAGGAGAUGUACCAACUGUUGACUCAAGGUGGCGACGCCGAGUUGGAGCUCAUUGACUCCCUGGAUCCCUUCUCCGAGGGUAUCGUUUUCAGCGUUCGUCCACCAAAGAAGACCUGGAAGAGCAUCGCAAACUUGUCGGGCGGCGAGAAGACCCUAUCCAGCCUUGCUCUCGUGUUUGCUCUGCACCACUUCAAGCCGACACCGCUCUAUCUGGCGGACCGGCUAGUCGGUAUCUACAAGACGCACAACAUCACGAAGUCCAUCUCCGUGGACUGUCACGUGCUGGCUCAGCGCUUGAACCAGGCUGUG